GUCCACCAUAGGGAUUUCCCCUAAAUGAAAAUGGCCUCUUGCAUGCAUAGUUGGUGUUUGGUGCUAGUCUGUGGACUUGCAAGCGUGUUUCUGGACACUGCAACCAAUGCAUCUGCUCCCAAACAUGUGGAAAUAUACAAGAGUUUGUUUGAUAUGAAGAGGAGAGAACAGAUUGAAACUGCCGAGAGAGUAUGGAACAUUGAUGACUAUGCAAAGCGAUACAAAGCCGUUGCGUUUGUGAUUGAUACUAUAUUCCCUAUACUGGAAGAGUCAUUGAAGACAAUUGGAGAACUACACUACGAGCCUGGGUCCUCACCAUUCCCUGAGGAGGAAAACUCUCGAGAAGUGCUUGGUAAAGUUUACGAGAAUGUUAUAUUUUUUGGGGACUUUCUCUUGAGAAUGCCUGACAUCACCAAAAAGAUAUUCAAGAAACACAAAGAAUGGAUUCCUGUUCUUAAAGAGUCAGUCCAGUUCUGUAACCAGUCCACUGAUGUCUACACCUCUCUUCACACUAGGCAGCUACACCUGAUGUCUCAAGAGAUUGGUCUGAUUCCACCUGAAGAUGACUUCAUUAAUCCAUUCAGAGAAGAUGCUCGGACAAAGACUCAGGAGAACAGUUCUGUGCAGAAGAAUAAAGGCAAGAAAGAGAACAAGAAGAAGGGACCUAAAUUUAGAAAAUUUAAGAACGAACUGUGAGGUAUGCUCACUAAACAUAACGAACAAUUUUACUUGUUUAUAAAAACUAUACCACUUAAUUGUACUAUAAUUAUAAUUAUGCUAAAAAAAAACUAUCAAACAAACUAUCUUUGUUACCCA